CAAUUAUGGACACAUUUGUGUUCAGUCUGUUUUCUUGAUAGGAGCUAGAAGAUGGAUUCCAACAGGCGGCAAAGUGGAAUUCAGCAAUUGUCGGCUGCAGAGCAGGAAGCACAACGCAUUGUCAAUGAGGCUAGAAACGGUCUGAAAGUGAAAUCACUUGGUCCUUGGAUGUUUCUGCUUCUGUUUCUUGUCGUUCCGAACUUGGCUCAGUCCCAGAUACUCUUCCAGGCUUGUUGAGGAUGGUGAGGGUCAGUGUGUUGAAUGAUGCUCUCAAGAGCAUGUACAAUGCUGAGAAGCGUGGAAAGAGGCAGGUCAUGAUUAGACCGUCUUCGAAAGUGAUAAUUAAGUUUCUUCUUGUCAUGCAGAAGCAUGGUUAUAUUGGUGAAUUUGAAUACGUAGAUGAUCACAGAGCUGGGAAGAUAGUGGUCGAGUUGAAUGGAAGAUUGAACAAAUGCGGCGUCAUCAGCCCUCGCUUCGAUGUGGGUGUCAAAGAAAUUGAACCCUGGACUGCUAGGCUUCUCCCAUCACGUCAGUUUGGUUACAUUGUGCUGACUACAUCUGCUGGCAUCAUGGACCAUGAGGAAGCUAGGAGAAAGAAUGUUGGUGGUAAAGUGCUUGGCUUUUUUUACUGAGUGUGGAACUCUUGACGAUGGACACUGAAAGAAGGCAAUGCCAUUUUUUCACAAGGAACUUUUCAAGGAACAUUAAUAUAUAUAUAUAUAUAUAUAUAUUGUUUUUUGUCUUGGUUGAAUUUUGAUAUGAACUUGUUUGCUUUCUGCUUCUACUAGCUCGAAAUCCGUCUGCAAAAUCUGUAUUUGAUAUCGUGUUGAAUUGGCUGCUUGCUUGGGAGAUGUUGUUAAGAUUAUCUUCUGAAUCUAACUGAUUUAGUCUUCACAAACUGGAUUUCCUUAAGAAUAUAGAUGGGGUGUGUAUUUCA